AUGGGUGAACACGAUGCACCAAUGGUCUCGCACGGCCGAGGAGGCCAGGGCAAUAUCGGCCAUGAUGACACUGAAUACGUGGACGGCGAGAUCGUCCGCGAAGGCGUCUACGGCGACCAGGGCGAUGGUGCUUACUCUGCUGGCCGUGGCGGCGCAGGAAACAUUGGCUCCCCAAUGGUCCGCCCAACCUCCAAGGUCCCUCAUGACAGCGAGAUGAUCCCCGAGUUGGCAGUCAGGGAUUCCACUGAUGAGAAUUAUCAUAUUGGGCGCGGCGGCCAAGGAAAUAUCCACCUCGACGACGCUAGCCUGAAGGAGAAGAAGGAGAAGGAGGAGAAGAAGAAGUCCCUUCACCAUGAUGGGUUGGCGGAUAAGUUGAAGAACAAGUUGCUUGGGAGGAAGUAA